UGUCUGAGACUCGAUUGCUCAAGUCUCAAUUCUGCCGAGCUUUUUUUCGAUACCGGCAUCUUUUUUUUUUCCUCUCUCUCUCUCUCUCUCUUUCCCCCCUCUCUCUCACUCUUGUCUCGCGUUUUAUUUCUCUUCUUGAGAUCUCAAAAGGCACAAUGACCGGAGAUCAUGGACACCACCAGGUGGAGUCUGGCUCUCGACUAAAUGAUUCCCACAAACAUAAAGACAAGCAUAAAGACAAAGAGCACAGGCACAAAGACCAUAAGAAAGACAAAGAGCGUGAAAAGUCCAAGUACACUAACAGUGAGCACAGAGACUCGUCUGAGAAGAAGCACAAGGACCGCGAGAAAGAGCGAGUGAAACACCGGGAGGACAGCACCGAGAGACACAAAGAAAAGAAGAGAGAAGAGAAGAUUAAAUCCCACAGCUCUAACGGGAAGCAUAAGAGGGAGAAGGAGAACGGCUAUGUCAGUCACAUCAAAACGGAGGAGGACAACGGCUACUGCUACUCUCCAAAGCAAGAGAAGACGGUGAAGAGAGACAGGGAUGAUGACGAACCCGAGUACAAACCCAAAAAGAUCAAAGUGGAAAAGGAGAAUAAGGCGAAAAAACGGAAGCAGGAGGAAGACUAUGAUGACUACGAAGAGGAAGAGGACGUAAAGCCGAAAAAGAAAUCGAAAGACAAGAAAGAGGAUUCGGCUGGAGGGAAGAAGAAGGGCAAGAAGGAGCCGGAAGAGAAAUGGAAAUGGUGGGAGGAAGAGAGAUACACAGACGGCUCAAAAUGGAGGUUCCUCGAGCAUAAAGGUCCCGUGUUCGCUCCUCCGUAUGAGCGACUUCCGGAAAAUGUUAGGUUUUAUUAUGACGGAAAGCCCAUGAAGCUGAGCGAGGCGGCGGAGGAAGUGGCAACGUUCUUUGCCAAAAUGCUUGACCACGAAUACACAACUAAGGACAUAUUUAGGAAAAACUUCUUCAAAGACUGGAGGAAGGAAAUGACCUCAGAGGAGAAGUCCAAAAUCACUGAUCUGUCCAAGUGCAACUUCAUUGAGAUGAGCGAAUACUUCAAAGCGCAAUCGGAGGCUCGGAAACAGAUGACGAAGGAAGAGAAACAGAAAAUUAAAGAAGAGAACGAGCGGCUGGUGGAGGAGUACGGCUACUGCCUGAUGGACAACCACAAAGAGCGCAUCGGAAACUUCCGGAUCGAGCCUCCCGGGCUUUUCCGAGGGCGAGGAGAUCACCCGAAGAUGGGAAUGCUGAAACGGCGCAUUCGCCCCGAGGACAUCAUCAUCAACUGCAGCAAGGACUCGAAGCAGCCCAAGCCUCCUCCAGGUUCCAAGUGGAAGGAAGUCCGUUACGAUAACAAAGUGACAUGGCUGGCGUCAUGGACGGAGAACAUCCAAGGCUCCAUUAAGUACAUCAUGCUGAAUCCCAGCUCUCGGAUCAAGGGAGAGAAGGACUGGCAGAAGUACGAGACGGCACGUAGGCUGAAGAAGUGUGUGGAGAAGAUCCGAGCGCAGUACCGCGAAGACUGGAAGAGCAAAGAGAUGCGAAUCCGACAGAGAGCCGUCGCUCUCUACUUCAUCGAUAAGCUGGCUCUGAGGGCGGGUAAUGAGAAGGAGGAGGGUGAGAGCGCUGACACUGUGGGCUGCUGCUCUCUGCGGGUGGAGCACAUUAACCUGCACCCUGAGAUGGACGGUCAGGAGUACGUGGUGGAGCUCGACUUCCUGGGAAAAGACUCCAUCCGCUACUACAACAAGAUCCCUGUGGAGAAGAGGGUCUUUAAAAACCUGCAGCUGUUCCUGGAGAACAAGCAGCCGGAAGACGACGUCUUCGACAGACUCAAUACGUCCAUUUUGAACAAACAUCUCCAGGAGCUGAUGGACGGAUUGACGGCCAAAGUGUUCCGUACCUACAACGCCUCCAUCACCUUACAGCAGCAGCUCAACCAGCUCACUUGCCCUGAAGAUAACGUUCCAGCGAAGAUCCUCUCCUAUAACCGAGCUAACCGCGCCGUGGCGAUCCUGUGUAACCACCAGAGGGCGCCGCCCAAAACCUUUGAGAAGUCCAUGCAGAACCUGCAGACCAAAAUCGAUGCGAAAAAGGACCAGCUUUCUGCCGCCAAGAAAGAGCUGAAGUCGGCCAAAGCAGACGCCAAGGCCAUGCAUGACGAGAAAAGCAAAAAGGCGGUGGAGACGAAGAAGAAGGCGGUGCAGAGGCUGUCUGAGCAGCUGAUGAAGCUGGAGGUGCAGGCCACCGACCGCGAGGAGAACAAACAGAUCGCCCUGGGAACUUCCAAGCUCAACUACCUGGACCCGCGCAUCUCCGUCGCCUGGUGUAAAAAAUGGGGAGUUCCCAUCGAAAAAAUCUACAACAAAACGCAGCGGGAGAAGUUUGCCUGGGCCAUCGACAUGGCCGACGAAGACUACGAGUUUUAAAAAAAAGCGGCGUUUUAUGAUUUUAGGAGGGUUAGCGUUUAUCCAUCGAAUCCACCGUGUCUGAACGUGUUAAAGCAAAGUGAGGAAACAAAACUGGACAAAACAAAACACACACAAAAAAAAACCCAAACAAACCCUAAACCGUUCCCUAUAAACAAUCCGGCUGAUGAAAUGUUUAAACCGAGUCCUGAACGUGGAACCCUGAGGAGAUCCACCGCCACUUCGCUCCGAUAGACACACGUUAGGCUUUCCACUUGCUUUUGGGGUUUUUAAGUGUCUUAGUCAGGUUUUAGCCAUCGGAUUUAUCGAUGAAUUCUAUAUUUUAAUAUAAGAAAUAAAUCAGAGUUGUUUUAAGAGGCACGUUGGGAACUGAACUACGGAAAGCCAUUUGUGAAAGACUCGAGACUCAGCGUGUGUGUGUUUUUAAACUUCAGCAAGAUGUAGAAAUCCAUCAUGUAACCGAAUCCAUCACCAGGGAUGCACCAAUCCAGUAUUUUUAUUUCCCUCGCCGCUCUGAGAAUCGUCCCGUUCCCAAUACUGAGCCGAUCGUUUCCUUUUAUUUUCAACAGUAUAAUCGUUUCCUGUAUUCUGAGUCACUGAGCCAGAACAACAACUCGAAGUGGGGAAUCUCCAAACGCAUCGCCAUUCCAUUCAAUUUGACUUAUUGAUUGACAAUUAUUUUAAAAAAUCUUGUCUUUUAAAAAAAAUAAUUAAACAGUUAAACAUUUCUGUAUUAUAUUAAUGCUAUUAAUAUAAUCUAGAAAAUGUAAUGCUUCUUAAAAAAUAUUUUUUUAAAUUGAGGAAAAUUUCACUGUGGGUUAAAAAAAAAAAAUCACAAAAGUUAGUAAAGCUUUUAAAUAUGAUAAAUAUUGUACUGUAUUGUAAUUAUAGAAUAUAUUUACAGUAAUGUACCAUAAAUUAUACAAUUACACGUAAUCAAUAAAAUCCAGGAAAUGUGUUUUUUUUUUUUUUUUUUUCAUAUUUUCAUGUAAAAUUAAAUGUAAGAAAACUUACAGAACGUAGCAGAAUUUUUCUUUUAUUACUCAGAAACCAUAAAAAUAAAUAAAGCCGUAAACACAGGAGUGUUUCCUCAAUGCUUCAGAUUUAUUCCCUGUUUUUAGCAAAUCUUAACAGUUUUAUUAUAAUUUUUUUUGUUUGUUUUUAAUGUUUUUAUUAUUUUUUUUGUUUUCUUCUUUUCUCGUCCGUCGUCAGAAUCGUUCACGUUCUGGAUCGGAUCAGGAAAAAAAAAUUUGAUGUCAAUCCACGAUAUCGGAUUGGUGCAUCCCUACUCUUCUUUUAUUUUUGGGAAUUAUUUUUUUUUUAAAUAUAUAUUUGAAUUUUUUUUCUGUUUCUAUCAGGGAUGUACAUUUCAUUUUCGCGAGUAUGUGAAAGGGGUGACCUCCGUGUUAACGCUGACAUUGUAGUGAAUUUUACUUUGUGUUUAGUUUCUUUUUUUUUUUUUUUUUUUUCUGGUUUCUUUUUAUUCCUGUGCAGAAUGUUUUGGGUUUUUUUUUUUUUUUUUUUCCUCGGCAGUACAGUUACAACACUCUUACUUGAAACAUGGCUGGGUGAGACGUGUAUAUAUACACACACACAUACACACACACAUACACACACACACACACGAUCAUAAACAUGAAGAACUGGUUUCUCUAUAUAUGUGAGAUGCAAUUUUUUUGCCAAAUGAAUAGAGAUGUGUAUGAAUACAGUGUACAUGCGGAAGAUUGGGGUCUUCUUUGUAAAGAAUUAGGAACAAAAGUGUCCGAAGUUAACUUUUUAAUGUGAGGCUCUGCACUUAUUUAUAGCUGUUAGAAAGUGUGCUAAAGCUAACUUCAACAUUUUUACCACAUUUAGCCUUAAGCAAUCAUGUUUUAUUAUUUUUAAUAUCAAUCAGUUGUUUUACAAAUAAUAAACCAUGCCACUUUUCUUAUUCUCUCCUUUUAUUUCACUUCCUCGCAUCCAUUCUGACGUCUUGCUUUUGUGUAUUUUCUGUUUUCAGAAUUUAAAUAAACUUUGUAUUGCAAUAA